CCAACAGUGCGCUGCAAGCAUGGCGGUCGAUAGGAGGACGGGAUGAUCCUGGCAGUGGCAGAUGCUGGUCGCUGGCAGGCCGCAGCUAGACGUAGGCGUGAAAGGCUAACCGUCUCCGCCUAUGCUAUGCUAUGUACGUACUUGUCCUUGUCCUUGCCUGCCUUUCCUUUCCGCACGGAGCCAACGGCUGUACACGACUGUCGCACUCUCUGUUGCAAACGGGCGGCGGCAGCAAUCUAACAUCUUUCGAGAGGGUCCCGUCCGUCUGGCACGCUGCAAUGCCUCUGUUAUAAAUCUCUCUCGCUGCCCGCCGUCUCCCUUUUGGACGCCUCGACCAAUUCCUCGCGGCUGUACACGGCCAGUAGCUUUGACGCGGUACCUUGCGUGCUGCUACCUAUCCACUACUACUGCUACUACCACUACUACUGCUACUACUGCUACUACUACCACUACCACCGCUGCCCCGACUGCCCUUUCGUCUUGCCCUCGACGAGACGACCAACACCCGCGAACAACCCCUACAAUCCACCACCUCGACCGCGCCCUGCCUCCUGUCCACACGGAACAACCCAUACCAGUACCAAUACCUAUAUUAUACACCCACACUCCCACUCCCGCUCCCACACCCUCUCUACACACCCUCUCUGUACACGCCUCAUCACGCUGCGCUGGACCUCCACUUUGGCUGUCUGCAAAGCUCCCACCGCGGUCGUCUGCACCAAGAAAGAAGCUCCCCCGCCCGUCCGCCAAUCAGCGCGUCCAAGCUCCCACCCCGCCUUCCCUUCACACGACUCGGCGUCGCCCUCCCCCCCUCCCACGCCGCUGCCCCCCCGAAGGCGCCUCGCCCCCCCGCCGUGCAACCUACGCCUCCAUUCGCCUAUCCUCGCCAACAUGUGCACCAAGGUCGUACACAGAUAUGGCUGCGGCCACGAAAUCACAGAAAAGGCCCCCUGCGCAACGUCAAGAACUACCAACUGCGGCGUCUGCAACACAAAGACGGUCAAGCACGACGAGAAGUGUGAUCAUUGUGAUCACUGAUUACACAGGUAUGGCUCCCGCCCCAACCCCUCUGCGCGUCGCACCUGUCUGACGACGCGCCUUGCAGUGUGUGACUGCAGAAAUCAUCCAGACGAUACCCCAUGAUGGCCCGUGGCACGCAGCGGGUGUGCCUGUCGUCGUCGUCGCCGCGCAAGUUGCAUCUUAGCGCACUUUCUCGCUCGACCUCUUAGUUUUGGCGUUUAAUGAGCUUUCUCCCGGGCGCUCCUCUAGCCCACCAAGCUGCAUUUCACGGCGUCAUGGUUCUCUCAAAAGUACUGGCGUUCAACGGGCAUUGGCAUCCACCUGGGUCCUUGGACACUGCGCGUCCGGCGUUUUGAUUACGGGCUGGUGCUGUGCAGGCCACGCCUCAACUUGUAUUACUUCUUCAUCAUUGUUUUCUACAUGGGUAUUAGGCUCUCCUAAUUCUGGUCGUGCUAUGCGCCGACAGGGAACCUUACAGGUUCUUUC